AUGGACCAGAAUGCUCAAGGACCCGAUGAUGCCUCCAUAAAGCCCGUGUCCUCUCUCCGUGCCAAGUUCGAGGGCCUCAGGGCCUCGCCUGCGCCACGCAACGGCUCGACUAGUCCCUCACGACCUCCCUCGGCCUUGCGCACGUUGGAGCCUGAGCCCCAGGCCCCAACCGUCAGGGCAUCCUUCGAUCUCCCACGGCCAACGUCGCCCUGGGCUCACAACAAUGUCUCGUCCCCGAGGACUCCGGGGAUUGACCGCGGACGCAGUCAGUCCCCCCCGAAGUCCAACCACAAACGUCCCAUGUCGAUGGUCAUGCAGUCUUCACCCCAGUUGACCCCCUCAGUCAACGUCGAGUCUCCACGAUCUCCGCCUCGCAUGCAUUUUAGCCCGGGCGCUCAACCUUCACCGACAAGAGCCGACAACACUCCUAUCGGGAAAGUGAAGGACUUGGUCUCCCAGCAUUCUAGCAGGAUGGCGAGUCCAUCGACUACACCUCUGAUGCCUCCGCAACCAGAUGCCAAUCAUCCUCCUGUGACACCGUCCACGAGCUUGAAUACAACUGGCACUACGGCCGCAAAACCCCCACCACCGGUCAACAGAGCAGAGAAACCAAAGAUCCCUGCCAAACCCACCACCAUCGCUAGUCCUGUGCUUCCAGUGCCUGAUGCAGCGUCGCUUCGCCCGCAGCAGCCUCGGCGACCUUCAUCAGAUGCGAGACUGUCUCCUUUUUCAACCCCACCGAGUAGUGAUGAGAGCCCGGGCUCGCCUCGCAGCCCGCCUUCGGCCAUCGAGAUUUCAGACUCGCUCAAAUCCCUACCUCAGGCUAGCCAAGAACCGAAAGCUGUGACACCUCCCAAGACCAGCGAUCCAAGAGCCAUGGGUUUCUCCAGGACGGCUACAGCCCCCAUGAGAGAUCCUCGCAGUCUAGGUUUCUCCAAUCUCGACCCCCAGCCACCAAGCAGAGAGCCAGCCACAGCCUCUCUGCCUUCCAGGGCCAACACUGUCCUUGAACGGCCGAGCUCGCGCGAUCCGAGAUCUUUAGGUUUUGCGAGCCCUCCUCCAGUGCAACGACACGUGUCCGAGCAAGUUCGAAGCACUCCUCCUCCGCAGAGCAGCAUGCCCAAAAUCGCGGGGACCAAGGACGCUCGUACGCUUGGCUUUGGUGCCCAGGUUGCGAAAGAGCCACUUGCUGAAGAACCAGGGCCUGGUUUGCCACCACGACACGUUGUUCGAGCCCCGCCACCAAGACCUUCCGAGGAGUCCAAGAAUGUUCCACCUAGACCGCCUGCGCCGCGAGCGACCACUGCUGCUGUGCCAGAUCGCUCCACCAAGCCAGGUGCACCCCCUGUAGUCUCUAGAGCUCCUCUGCCUGCAGCUGAGACACGAUAUCCUCCUCCUCCUAAACGAGGGACCGGCGAUGCCGAGCUGGCGCCCGCUUUGCCUCGACGAACACAGACUGACACGAGUGGGCAUGACUCUGAUGAAGCAGAAGACCCUAUGCCGGCGCCUACCGCUCUAAAGAACGAAUAUCCGGAUGCAACACAAGCGAAUAGACGACCACCCUGCUUCAGCAGCGGUCUACGAGGAAUUCAUGUGAAGUCCGAUUCACGCUCAUAUGGUGUCUGUGGGAGAUACCUGUGCACGGCUGGAUACACCACGAGAGUAUUUGAUAUGUCUACGGGAGAACAGAUCACUAGUGUCAAUCAUGGAGAAACCGUCAAAGCUACCUCGGUAGCUUUCAAGCCAGCUGCCGAUCUCGAGGGCGAAGGCAAGACGAUCUGGGUCGGCAACAACGUCGGAGACUUGAUGGAGAUCGACGUCUUGUCGCACACCGUCGUAGCCCAAAGCACGGCGCAUAACAAGCGGGAAAUCGUUCAGAUAUUGCGACAUUGUAAAGACUUAUGGACUCUCGAUGACGACGGCAAGCUCUUCGUGUGGACGGCCGACGAGGGUGGAACGCCCAAUCUGAGAUACAAGCAAAUUUCGCAUAAGGUGCAGAAAGGUCAUUCGUGUUCAGUCGUUGUCGGCGACCAACUAUGGCUGGCGACGGGUAAAGAGGUCCGGAUAUAUCGGCCUGGCCACGAAGCUUCUUUUGCAGCAUUGAGCAAGCCAUUAUCUCAAGCAGGAACUGGGGAGAUUACCUGUGCCUGCUACUCCGAAGACCACGGUGGACGAGUGUACUUUGGUCAUACCGAUGGGAAAGUCACGAUUUAUUCAGCUGUGGACUAUUCCUGCUUGGGCACGGUUAAAGCUAGUGACUACAAAAUCAAUGCACUCGCGAUCGUCGGCGACAGCUUGUGGGCGGCCUACAAAACAGGAAAAAUAUAUGUUUAUGACAUCAAGCAGUCACCUUGGAAAGUCCAAAAAGAUUGGCGGGCACAUGACGGCCCAGUGUCGGGCCUAGUACUGGACAGUAGCAGUGUCUGGACGAUGCAACGGCUCCAAAUUGUGUCUGUCGGUCAAGAUGGCCACGCAAGGCUCUGGGACGGUAUGCUCGAGGAUGACUGGAUCGAAACCGCCAUGAAGCAACGCGAUGUUCAGUAUUGCUCCUUUCGCGAGGUUAGUGCCGCGGUCAUUACGUGGAAUGCUGGAGCGGUCACGCCGUAUGACCUACGGACGGACUUCAUUGCGGACGCCAUCUAUCCCGAGAAUCCACCAGAGAUCCUUGUCUUUGGCUUCCAAGAGGUGGUAGACCUAGAGGACCGCGCCGUGACGGCAAAGAGCUUGUUUGGCUUUGGCAAAAAGAAAGACCCGGACACCUCGGAACAACACCAGAGUCGAGUAUACCGGGAAUGGCGUGACUAUCUGAGCAAAGUCAUCAGCCGAGCGAGCACAUAUUACCGCUACGCCGAAGUGCAUACGUCCAGUCUGAUCGGUCUGUUUCAAUGUAUUUUCGUCCGACAGGAAGAAAGACCGAACAUGAGGGAUCUCAAUGCGAUCAACGUCAAAUGCGGCAUGAAAGGGCACUACGGCAACAAGGGCGCUCUCGUCACGCGAUUCACACUUGAUGACAGCUCGCUGUGCUUCGUCAAUUGCCAUUUGGCGGCGGGCCAGACGCAGACGUCACAUCGCAACAACGAUGUAGCAACGAUCCUCGAAGCGGAGAACCUACCGUUAGAAAGAGACCCUGAUACUCGCAUGUCGCUGUUCGUUGGAGGCGGCGAUGGCACGCAGAUCCUCGAUCACGAAAUAUGCAUUCUGAACGGUGACCUCAACUACCGUAUUGAUGCCAUACCUCGGGACACCGUUGUCAGGAUGGUCAAGGCCAACGAUCUCAGUAAACUUCUCGAACGCGACCAGCUCCUCGUGUCCCGUCGCCGGGUAGCGGGCUUCCGCCUCAACUCGUUCGUCGAGCUGCCCAUCACUUUCGCGCCAACGUACAAAUACGACGUGGGCACGGAUAAUUACGACUCCAGCGACAAGAAACGGGCGCCCGCGUGGUGUGACCGCCUCCUAUACCGUGGGCCAGGACGCAUCAAGCAGGUCGAGUAUCGACGACAUGAGGUCCGAGUCUCAGACCACCGUCCCGUCAGUGGGAUCUUCAAGAUACGGCUGAAGACCAUCGACCACAAGAAGCGGGCAAAGGUCAAAGAGGAGUGUCUGCAGGAGUUUGCGGAAGUCAAGAAGCUGCUUGCGCAGAAGGCGGGCCAGAGGUACUUGAUCACCGAGCUGGGCGUUAGUGAUAAGGAGGCACGGCGGCUAUUGGUGGGCGGUUGA